GCAGAGAUAUAUUCCCAAAAAGUAAUUGUGAUUCAGGCGACUAAUCGCGUGCCGCUGUCGCAGUUGGGACUCUCGGAAAAAGAGAUCUACGCUCUUUGUGCGAGGUUCGCACCAGUCGCUGCCAAGCACUGCUACGUUUCAAAAGUCGAGGAGCAGUUCUUGGAGAAAUGUCGCGGAUAUAAUCAGGACUGCGCACAGUUCCAAGCUAAGGCGCGCCCACUUGGUGCGAUCGCGAACGCCUUCUCGUCAGGGGUCGGUCUGACUUACUACAACUGGGAUGUGAAUGGAAUACCGUACUAUGCAGUGAACGAAGAAGGUUCAAUCGGAAACGGGCAUACCGGCAAGGUCGAUUUCGGCUCAUGGGGAGGAGGCUAUUCGAGCAAUGUGGGUGUGCGCGACUAUUUCUCACAGACUCAAGAAUAUGGAGCAAACUGGUAUGAGGGAUUAUACGGGUACAAGACUGGAUGGAGUAUUCCAGUUGUUCAAAGCGUGGGAGUUGAAGGAGGCGGUGGAACUCAGGUACACGUUCCACUGAAAGAAG